ACCCAAAAAACUGGAAAGGAAAAAUGGUCGGUAACAAAGCCGACUUAUUAGGUACAAAAUUUUGCUUCCAUCGUCGUCUUCGAUCAGACAAACCCAAUUCCUUGCACAAAAAGCAACAAAAAGAGAAAAUCUCUAAAGCGAUGCGUCGUCGUUUAAAGCCUAGGGUUCCUCUUCCUCCUCCUCUCCUUUCGCUCUUGUGUAGCUCGAUUCUUCUCAGUUCGUUUCCAGAAUUGAUUACAGCGGCGGUUGUAACACUAGAUUCGAUCGAAAUAUAUAAUACUCAUGAAUUUCUCGGAUCAGCACCGGAAGUUUAUUUUCAGUGUAAAGGUGAAAAUAGAACAAUAUAUUUGCCUGAUGUGAAGAAGAAACAUGAGUUGUAUACUUUCAAGGGAGAAGAGUCUUGGCAGCCUCUGACAGAACUUGAAGAAAAAAGGUGCAAACGAUGCGGGAUAUAUGAGAAAGACUCAUUUAUAAAGCCUGAUGAUAUAUUUGAUGAAUGGGAGUUCUGUGCUUCUGAUUUUACUAGACCUGAUGGGAAGUAUAUUCAUUUCAAGGAGAAAGAAUUCAAUGCCACAUUUUUGUGUCCAGACUGUGUCCCUCUUGAAGGUGCUUCAAAUCACACUGAUGUCCCGCGGAAUAAGGGAAAGGGAAUGCACUGGGCACUAGUGUUUCUGAUAUGUGUGUUAGUGACGACUUUUGUAGUUCUUGGAGCAGUGACUGCCUACCAAUAUUGGCAAAAGAGAAAGAAACAACAAGACCAAGCUCGAUUCUUGAAGCUGUUUGAAGAGAGUGAUGACAUAGAGGACGAAUUGGGUAUUGGACCACUUAGUCAUGUCAUUUAGGUAGAAAAGAAAAAAAGCAUCCUCUUCUCAUGUGAUCAGUACAGUCAUCUGACGAGUGAAUAUGGGCUAAACCCGUCUGGAUCAAGUAGUGAAGGCCAACAAACAACGGAAAUGAAAACAGGUCGGAUGAAGAAAGAUAGCAGAGGAUUCAACGGAAGUAAAGGCUUUAGUGGAAAUUCUUAGUACAAGAAACUCCAUUUUUGUAUAAUCUUUCAACCUUAACUCUUUAUGAUAUAAAUGCUUCAACAAUUGCAUAAAAGAGAUGA